CAUAUCCCGUAGUCGUACCCGAGAGUCCAGAAAAAUACGGUCUCCUCCUCUCCUCAUGCUUCCGGACGCUGCUCCCGGGGACAGCCCCGCGGCCGGAUCACCGCCGGCGGCGGCGGCCGUCGCGAAGGUGAGGGUGAAGGUGCUGUUCUUCGCCCGCGCGCGGGAUCUGACGGGCGUCGCGGAGUCCUCCGUGGAGGUGCCCUCUGGGAGCACCGCGGGGGAGUGCCUCGGCCGGGUGCUGGCCUCGUUCCCCAAGCUGGACGAGAUCCGCCGCUCCAUGGUGCUCGCGCUCAACGAGGAGUACGCGCCCGAGUCCGCCCCCGUCGCCGACGGAGACGAGCUCGCCAUCAUCCCGCCGAUCAGCAGCGGCUGACCGGGACUGCAAAAUGAAGAAAAUGAAAGAGAGAAAGAAAGAAAGGUCUUCCUCUUUUCUUCGAUACUUGUCUUUGCUUCCUGAUCAAUGUGCACGUUGAAUAAAUAAUAAGUUGUGAUGUUCGCUGGCAUUUGUGUUCAUCAAUCAUGUUGAUGAAUAAUAUGGUUUUGAAUCUGAGAAGAUACACAAA